AUUCAUCUUCUCAAAAAAAUUGGAUUUUUUGUUUUUCAAUGUAAACUCGUACGAUCCUAAUCGGAAACUCGUAGAAUCGCAAAAUCGGUGGUAAAAUCGCUACGACUCUACGAUUCAAUCCAAAAUGGGUUCUUUUUACCCGAUUGAAAAAAAAAACUUUUUUUUUACGGUAUAAAUAGAAAUCCUAAACCUAAUCGAUGGUUUAGCUUCAUUUUCUCCAUUGAUUCUUCUCUCUCUCUCUCUCUGAAACCCUAACCCUAACCCUAAAAAUGAGUUCGACACAAACUUCUGUUGCUUCUAACCCUAACCCUAAUGGAUCCUUCUUUGGAAAUGAUGAUUCUAAGAUAGAAAUACCUAAAGAUGAUGCUGAUGAGAUUUGGAAGUAUGGCAUUUCUCUUGAUGGAGAAAAUGCAAUCCAGUGCAAGUUUUGUGAUGACGUAAUAACCGGUGGGCUUUAUCGGUUUCUUUGUCAUUUGGCUGGAACAGAACAUGGUGGUGAAGGUUGUGGAGGUGGUGGUGAUGAGGAGGAGGAGGAGGAGAAGGGGUGUACUUGUGUCGGAGUCGGUGAAAAAAGAAAACGGGCUGAUGGGGUUGGUGGGAGUUCAGAAGAUGUUUUCAAGAAGAUAGAAAUACCUAAAGAUUUUGCUGAUAAGAUUUGGGAGUAUGGCAUUUCUCUUGAUGGAGAAGAUGCAAUUCAGUGCAAGUUUUGUGAUGAUGUCAUAACCGGUGGGCUUUACCAGUUUCUUUAUCACUUGGCCGGAACAGAACAUGGUGGUGAAGGUUAUGGGGGUGGUGGUGAUGAGGAGGGGAAGAAAGGGUGUACUUGCGUCGGAGUCGGUGGAGAAAGAAAAGGGGAUGAUGUGGUUGGUGGGAGUUCUGAAGAUGUUUUCAAGAAGAUAGAAAUACCUAAAGAUUUUGCUGAUAAGAUUUGGGAGUAUGGUAUUUCUCUUGAUGGAGAAGAUGCAAUCCAAUGCAAGUUUUGUGAUGAUGUCAUAACCGGUGGUCUUUACCGGUUUCUUUGUCACUUGGCCGGAACAGAACAUGGUGGUGAGGCUUGUGGAGGUGGUGGUGAGGAGGAGGAAGAGAAAGGGUGUACUUGUGUUGGAGUUGGUGAAAAAAGAAACGGGGAUGAAGUUUGUGGUGAUGGGAGUUCUGAAGAUGUUUCCAUUUUCAAGAAGUCGAGAGAUGGGUCAAAAGAUAAGAGGAAGGAGAUUUUGAAAGAGGAAGCAGAUCUGGCGAUUGCGAGCUUUUUCUACAGCAAUGCGAUACCGCUGAAGGUGGUGGAGAGUAAGUCAUUUAUUGCUAUGGUUGAUAUGAUUUCGAGAUGUGGCGUAGGGUUUGAGCCACCGUCGAUUGAAGAUCUUGAAGAUCUUAGUGGGAAAUAUUUGACGGAAGAAGUUAGGUUGACGGAAGAAGUUAGGUUGACGAAUGAAGCUUUGGAGGAACAUAGAAGUGUAUGGAAGAAAACAGGGUGUAGUAUAAUGGUAGAUGGAUGGACUGACAAGAAGAAGAGGAGCAUAUUGAACUUGCUGGUGAAUAGUUUGAAGGGAACAUUCUUUUUGAAGUCUGUUGAUGCGUCUGAUAUGUUGGAAUCGCCUGAGAAACUGUUUAAGAUGAUGGAUGACAUUGUCGAAGAGGUUGGGGAAGAAAAUGUUGUUCAAAUUGUGACGGAUGGUACACCAUACUACAAAGCUGCUGGUGAGAUGUUGAUGGAGAAAAGGACUAGGUUGUAUUGGACACCUUGUGCGACACACUGCAUUGAGAUGAUGUUGGAAGAUUAUGAGAAGAUACCCAUUUAUGAAGAGAUACUUACAAAGGGUAAAAAAAUUACAACCUUUAUUUACUCGAAGGCUUCUCUCAUUACUCUAUUGCGUAAGUUCACAGAAGGAGUAGAUUUGGUGACACAGGGCAUUACUCGUUGUGUCACGUCUUACUUAACUUUAGGCCGUCUUUAUGAGAACAAAGGAGCUUUGAGAAAGAUGUUCACAUCCAAGCAGUGGAAGUCCAGCCAGUUCGCAAAAAUGAGUGUAGGGAAAUAUGCUGAGGAUGUGGUUUUGGACAAGGUGUUUUGGGAAAAUGUUAUGAUUUGUUUAAAUGGUGCAAAUCCUCUCGUUGAUGUGAUUCGUUUGGUCAAUUCAAUUGACGAACCAGCCACCGGUUUCAUUUACAAGGCAAAGGAGCAAGCUAAAGAGGAGAUACGGAGGAGUCUUUCCAAAGAUGGCACAGAAAGUUUUGUGCCUUUAUGGGAGAUCAUUGAUGAAAGAUGGGACAAACAACUCCACAGCCCUUUGCAUGCAGCAGGCUAUUUUCUUAACCCUCAAAUUCACUAUAGUCCUGGAUUUAGAGAUGAUAUCAAAGUUAAAGAUGGUCUACAUCACUGUAUAGCAAGGAUGGUGGCUGAUCCCGAAAAAAGAGCUAAGAUUGAAACUCAACUUGAUGAUUUCGAUAAACAGGCAAGCAUUUUGGGUCAUUCUUUAGCCAUAUUGAUGGUUGGUGAAGAGAUUCCGUCAAAUUGGUGGAGCACUUUUGGAGAUGAACUACCAGAACUCCAAAAAUUUGCGUGUCGUGUAUUAAGCUUGACAUGCAGUUCUUAUGGGGAUUUGCGUAAUCAGAAUGCCUUCAAGAUGGUCCAUGCUAAGAAAAGAAACCUCUUGAGGCAGAAGACUCAUAAUGAUGUUGUUUUUGUCAUGGCUAAUGCAAAAUUGGCUGAAAAGAAGCAAGCAGGAGGGUCAGUUGAGCUAAAUCUAGAUGAUGAAGAUGAAGAUGGAGAUGACGAUGAAGAUGAAGAUGAUGAUAUGAAGUCUCUAUAUGAUGUGAUUUCUGAUUUGCAUGAUCAAUAUGGUAAUGGAGAUGAAUAUGGAGAUGAGGAUGGAGAUGGAGAUGAAGACCAAAUGGAAGAUUCUGAUUAAAUUUGAAAGAUUUUAUAGAUUAAAUACCUAGAAUUUGGCUGCUUAUUUUUGGUGUUGAUGUCUUGGCACUUGUUAAAAGCUUAAUACUAUAGCUUAAGGUUUUAAUUUAUGACUUAUGAACUGAUUAUGACUUUCUUAUGGGUUUUGGUUGAAGACUUAUGAACUGAUUAUGACUUCUUAUUUAUGUUAUUUUAUAUGAUAUGAAUUGAUAUGCACAUAUGGUUAUUAUGAAUUUUGCAGGA